UGCUAAAAGAGCUCGAUGGAGAUUUCAUCUAGAGUGAAUAUCGAGAAGAGGCGCUGUGGGUGAAAAAACCCUGUUAUCUCCACCCUGUUUCCUCCAGUUCGCAGGGACGAAGAGAGGCAAACACGAUGAUGUUUCCAAUGUGCUGAUAGAAGGAGCCUUCGUCGGGCUAGUGCGGGUCUCGACAUAAGUGAAAAGGAUGUCCUAAUAUGGGUGUGAUAGAGAGGCUCCAAGGAGCGGCUGUUAUUUGUAUUCUGCUCUGCCUUGCCUCUCACGCAUUUUCCAACAAAAUAAUGUUCAAGCGAGGAAGAAAGCCCCUAAUAUCGGAGCUUACUUUCGAAAACGAGGCUCGGAGCGACGAGGCCGAAGCGACGAAGCCGAGCAAACCCGAGACGGCGGCGGUGCACUUAAAGAAAACUCACCAGGGGUCCAAAUCCGGAAAUAUUUGUAUGACAGAAGAUGGAGUAUUUUGUGCUAAGAAACGUUCUGUAGGUAUUGAGCCACUCGAUGAAAUAUUUGAAGAAGGAAGAUCCGACAAGGAAAUUCUCGACGCUCUCCUCAAGGCAGAACGAUAUGAUAAGAGACUCCUUCCACCUGUUCCUGGGACGCUUACUGUCAAUAUGAGCGUUUUAUUGCUGUCACUAGCUUCACCGGAUGAAUCAAGUUUGAAAUAUGAAGUCGAAUUUCUCCUUCAGCAGCAGUGGUUCGAUCCACGCUUGCAGUAUUGGAACAAGAGCGAUUAUGAUUUCCUCAAUGCGAUCCACCACCACGAAGAAGUGUGGCUCCCGGACACUUAUUUCAUCAUGCACGGAGACUUCAAGGACCCCCUCAUUCCCGUCCACUUCGCCCUCAGGAUAUUCAGGAACGGCACCGUCAACUAUCUUAUGAGGCGGCACUUGAUACUAUCCUGCCAAGGGGCGUUGCACAUAUUCCCUUUCGACGACCCCCAAUGCUCCUUUGCCAUGGAAAGCAUUUCAUACGAGCAGUCUGCAAUCACGUACGUUUGGAAAAAUGAUGAAGGCACAUUGAGGAAAUCACCAUCGCUGACGACCCUGAAUGCUUAUCUCAUACAAAACCAAACCAUCGCUUGCCCGACUAAAGCAAGCUGGCGAGAUGAUGAUGAUGAUGAUGGGAACACCGCAGCCAAAUGCUCCCUUUGCCAACGGCGGUUUGAAGAGCAAGGAAACUACAGUUGCCUCAAAGUAGACCUGAUAUUCACGAGGGAUAGAGCUUUUUAUUUUACUACUGUAUUUAUACCAGGAAUAAUAUUAGUAACAUCAUCAUUUAUAACAUUCUGGUUGGAGUGGAAUGCAGUACCUGCCAGGGUAAUGAUUGGUGUCACGACAAUGCUCAACUUUUUCACAACAUCAAAUUCAUUCCGUGGGACAUUGCCCGUCGUCUCGAACCUGACAGCUAUGAACGUUUGGGACGGGGUGUGCAUGUGCUUUAUAUACGCAAGCUUGCUCGAGUUUGUCUGUGUAAAUUACGUAGGGCGAAAAAGGCCGCUGCACAAUGUCGUGUAUAGGCCGGGUGAAAACCCAGUGACUCAGCGGUUGCCCGCAGUCCUCAGCCGAAUUGGCAUUAUAUUGGCCACUCCGUUGGCAUCUAGAGUCUGCAAUCUUAUUAAACAGUUUUCCACUAGAACAUCUGGAGACAAAAAAUCCGAUGGAGCGGCUCCAAAUGAAAUAGUUACAUGUACAAAUUGUGGGCCCAAUCCUUGUACACACACAGCGAAUAACGGCUGUGCAACUGAGAAUUGCGUGACAGUGCCCUCCGGCCCUUACUCCACGUUAGAGGUCAGGAAGAAAGAGCCGCCUCAUCCGAUCAGAGUAGCUAAGACCAUAGAUGUCAUAGCGCGGAUAAUUUUCCCUACAGCUUAUGCUAUAUUUCUAAUUUUCUUCUUCAUCCAUUACAAAGGUUUCUCAUAAGUUCUUCACGCCGAAAAAAAAGAAAAGAAAAUAUCAAGGACCAUUGCUGUAAAGUGAAUUCAAUGGUAAAAUACUCCAGGGCAUGUAAUAAGGACACAAUGAACCCUCUGGAGGAAUAACAAGCUUACAAAGUAGUUUAUAAGUAGUCUAAAAAAAAAAAUAUGUCUCUAGAACUAUUGAACUUGUAAACCAACGAAUUUAAACUAGUCAUUAAAUAGACAGAGCUAUCCUCCUAAUUUUAAUUAUUUCUACGCAUUUAAUUUAUUCUUUAUAUGAAAUGGGGUAAAAACUCAAACAUAGAGUUAGCUAUUUAAACAAAAAUUGGAGGAAUUCAGAAAUAAAUUUUAAUGGCAAUUUAAUAUUUAUUUCUUAAAUGUAUCACUCAAACUUUUUAAUAUAAUAUUUUAUAAGAUUUUACCAAAGUGAAAAUUUUUUGCUGUCAAUAAGCUUAUGACUUUUCUUGAAUUAGCCAUUUUAACUUUAUUAAUUCGACUAGGUAGCAAAAAACAAUUAGAUGUCCAUAAAAGACAAAAAUCAUGAUCUACCACAAGAAAUAGCACAGUAAAAGUGCUGGCUUUUCUGUAUACAAAAUAUUUUUCAAUUGAUUGUUUUUCUGUUUUUUUUUUUUUUUUUGUGAUUGAUCAUCCCUUGAUGGUGUUAUCCCUUUUGUUUUCUCUUCACUUUUAGAUUUGUGCGAUUUUAACAGUCACAGAUGUGUGCUGCGACAUUUUUUUAGGCGGCCUCGAAUUGACUAGAAAAUUGUUUCUUUCGAAACAACUAUUGCACACCUUGUUUUUUUCUUUUUCUUAAUAGUCCGAAAAAAAGAAAUUAAACUAGCACAUAUUAAGAAAUGAAUAUUUACACUUUGUUUAUAUACAUAAUAUAUAUCAUAAACUGAAUAUUGCUAUACCAUAAAGUGAUAUUACUCUAGUCCAUUAAUUGCAAACAACACUCCCCAUUUGAGUAAUUUUGCUCUUACAUUAUGGUUACCAAAACCCUGUGAUUACGAAUUGUUGAUGUUAAAUGGUUUAGUUUAUAAAAAUUGUUGUGUAAAUAUUAUAAAGCGUUGUUCCAUUUUUUAUUUUACUUCUUUUUUUUUCUUUUUUUAAUUUAAAUUUCUCCUUUAAGCACUCAGUAAUUAGUUUAGUUUACUUUUUUCUAGAUCCCAGCAAGCAAGAAUUUGACAAAUCAACAAUUCAAUUUUUUUUUAAUUGUUAUUAAAAAUGUAAUCAAAAUAUUAAAAAAGUUGAAAUUCAUCAAUAUCAAAUUUAAUAAUUUUUAAGGUAUUUAGUCAUAUUCCAAAAUACCUUCUUGACAUAUUUUUAUAACUACAUUCCAAACUGAUCUUUCCCAGCUUCAAAUUCAAGCUAAUUUAAGAAUAAAAAACAUACUUGAAAGUGAGAAUUUUUCCAUUGCUCUAAUAAUUAAAUUCUACCAUAGAAUUAAUUAAAACAGUGCUUUUGUAUUUUCUGUUUUUCAAAACAAAAAAGAUUCAUUAAUGCAAAUCAAUUAUAUUUUUGUCUUUUCAGCAAUAAUUUAAUUAAAGACAGCUACUGUUUUCUGUUUUAACUAAAUUACGAUCCUUAUGUUCCAUAUUUCUUUAUAGACUCUGGGAAUGUUUUUUUUUUCUUUUUGUAAUCGAUUAAAAACAAUUUUUUUUUUUAAUCGAAAUUAUAUUGAGUACAAUAUAAACGUUGUAAUGUUCUAAUCGAAAGUUGUAAUAGAUUUUGUAACUUUAUUGUAUUUUUAGAUUUAGACUUUUGCAAUAAUGCAGAAACACCAUUUACAUUAUUAUACUUCUACAUUAAAAAUCUUAUAUGCUGUGCAUGAAUCAAUGCAAAUGGACGUUAUAUUUCCAGUGGGUGUAAAUAACUGAUAUGAAUGAUAGGCUCAAUAAAGAGUUGGUAAUAAAUCAUCUGAAUUGUAUGUUCACACAACUCAAUAUUUGUGAAGAGUGCCUCUGUUGUUUCUAUAAUAAAUUUGUAAUUUGAUACUAGCAAUGUUAUAUAUAUUCUAUGUAAAGGCGCUUACUAUUUGUCAUACUCCAUUAAUAGCGUUUUUUUAAUUUAAAUAUGUUAUUAUACAAUAAGACAUUAAUCACAAGACCAAUAAUAUACUAUAAACUGACGUCUUAUUAAAAUAAAAAUACUAUUUCUAAAAUAUCACUGAUGUUUGUGUAAAUAUUGUUUGUAAUGGUCGUGCUUUCAGACAUUAUUCAAUCAAAAAUAUAAAAGUUGUAUAAAAAUGUUUAAGAAAAUUUAUUUUCAAAUAAAUAUGCCCAAGAUUAUAUUAGAUACACUAUGAUAAAGAGUCAUUUUCAUUUUAUAUGAAAUUUAAAAAAAAUAUAUAUUCUUAAAAAUAUUUGAAAAAAUAUAUAUAUAAAAGAUGCACAGAAGCUAAGCAUUUAUCGUUAAAAUUUUAGCUUUUUGCAAAAGCUCCUCUUACCCGGAAAGCCCCAUUCUUUGAUAUUGGCAAGACAAAAUUAAUAUGUUUUAAAUAUGUUAAUUUAAAAAAAAAAAAUAAUAGCAACACAAGAACAUAAGAAUUAAUGUGAUAUACAACUCAAGUGCAAAAUUUUAUUAAAACAGCACUCAGCACAUUUAUUGUACAUUUUGAGAGUCAAUAAACCUUGAAAAUCAAAGACGAUGGUAUUAUAUCUUUUUUUUUUUCUUUUUCUAUGUACAUCACCCCUUUUGUUUUAUCGUAUACCUUAAUAACAUUAUUAAAUAAAAUAUUUAAAAAAUAGCACCAGUUUUGAUGACACAACCCCAGUCUAAUGAUUUGUUUGAAAUGUUUUUGACAUCGUCGGACGUAUUUUCAAUCCCAUUCAGUACACCACUGGUCGUGGGCGAAUACACAUUUUAUGUCUAUUCUAUUUCUUAUUUUGUAAUUUCGAGCCUUUUAAAAAUGUAAAUAUCAAAGUUGUAAAUAUUUUUCCUUGUAUA